UAAAACAUCACAAUUUCAUCAUCAAAAAGAAAUUAGCAAAAACAAUGUUGUAUUCAGGCUUUUCCAUUUUGAUUCUAUUACUUCCCUUUCUUCUAUCACUUUCAGUCUCAGCUUCAUUGGAGCAAAGUUUUCUACAAUGUGUAUCUCUCAAUUCUCAACAAUCUGUUCCUCCAUUAUCUGUUUGUUCUCAAAACAAUCCUUCAUUCUUCCCUCUCCUUCAGUCAACUGCACAAAACCUUAGAUACUUGGACCCUUCAGUUCCCAAGCCUCAAUUUAUCUUCACUCCAUUGCAUGACACUCAUGUCCAAGCAGCCGUUAUUUGUUCGAAGAAGCUCCAGAUACAUCUUCGAGUUCGUAGUGGUGGCCAUGACUAUGAGGGUCUUUCCUACGCUUCCGAAAUCGAAACUCCUUUCAUUGUCAUAGACCUAGCGAAACUCCGGUCGGUCGAAGUGAAUAUCCAAGAUAACACAGCAUGGGUUCAGGCUGGUGCAACGGUUGGUGAAGUUUACUAUAGAAUCUCAGAGAAAAGCAAUGUCCAUGGCUUCCCUGCUGGCCUUUGCACUAGCUUAGGUAUUGGUGGCCACAUAACAGGUGGUGCAUACGGCUCCAUGAUGAGAAAAUAUGGCCUUGGUGCUGAUAAUGUCAUUGAUGCUCGGAUUGUCGACGUUAAUGGUAGAAUCCUCAAUAGAUCCACGAUGGGAGAGGACUACUUUUGGGCUAUUAGAGGGGGUGCUGGAGGUAGCUUUGGGAUUAUUCUUUGGUGGAAGUUGCAAUUGGUUUCUGUUCCAGAAAUUGUGACAGUUUUCACUGUUCCAAAGACAUUACAGCAAGGUGCCACUCAAGUCCUGUACAAAUGGCAACAAGUUGCUGACAAGCUGGAUGAAGAUUUGUUCAUUAGAGUCAUAAUACAAGUAACAAAUGAUAAAGCUACAAAAGAAAGAACCAUUACCACUGCUUACAAUGCUCUCUUUCUUGGAGAUUCCAACAGACUCCUACAAAUUAUGAGAAAAAGUUUCCCUGAAUUGGGUUUGACACCAAAAGAUUGUAUUGAAACCAGCUGGAUUAAAUCAGUUCUUUACAUAGCUGGAGAACCACCAAAAACACCACCUGAAGUUCUUCUACAAGGAAAGCCACAAUUCAAGAACUACUUCAAAGCUAAAUCAGACUUUGUUCAAGUCCCAAUCCCAGAAACUGGAUUGGAAGGUCUAUGGAAAAUAUUUCUCCAAGAAGAAAGCCCACUGAUGAUCUGGAACCCUUAUGGAGGAAUGAUGAGCAAGAUCUCAGAGAAUGAAAUCCCAUUCCCCCACAGAAAAGGAAACUUGUUCAAAAUUCAGUAUGUAAACCCAUGGCAAGCUGGAGAUAAACAUGAAACAAGACACAUAGAGUGGAUCAGAGAACUCUACAACUACAUGGCUCCAUAUGUUUCCAAGUCUCCAAGAGCUGCAUAUGUAAAUUAUAGAGAUCUUGAUUUGGGUAUGAACAAGAAGGACAAUACAACCUUGGCUCAGGCCAAUGAAUGGGGCAACAAAUAUUUCAAGAACAACUUCAAUAGGCUUGUGAAGGUAAAGACAAAAGUUGAUCCUGGUAACUUUUUCAGGCAUGAACAGAGCAUUCCUCCUUUGGCUAGCGCCGCAUCAUUUAGGACUAAAAAAUCCAAAAGAAGUCCCAAGUAUUGACUAAUUGUCCAUCAAUAAUAAGGCUCCAGUUAUUGCAACUAGCUUCCUUUUUAACAGUAUCAGAUAUCUCUAAUAAUGUAAAAGUGAGUAUUUACGUUUGUAGGAGUUUGAACAAUGAUUUUUCACUUUUAUUUUCUUUGUUUCAAAUUGAGAGUGAGAGUAAGAGUGUGAUUUCACUUGCUAUGUUCACUGAUGAGGGAUUUUCUUUCUUUUUCUGCAUACAUUUUUAUAUAAAAGUGAAGUGUGGAUUUAGAAUCCUAGAGAAAUGAAUUUAGAAUUUUGCUUUUA